GAAGUAAUGGCUUCCUUCUACUUAGCUUCUUUCUGCACAAUGGUACUGAUCAAGUUUGCAAGCGGAAAUGUUGUUCCAAACAAGUCGGAGGAAACAUGCAUCGAUGGUGUAACCAUCGUGUUAAGUUUUGGUUUGUACCAAAACAGCUGUCCGGAAGCUGAAGCUAUCGUCUUUUCAUGGGUGGAAAGUGUCGUGUCUCAAGACCGCAGAAUGGCUGCUUCUUUGCUUCGUCUUCAUUUCCACGACUGUUUUGUUAAUGGUUGUGACGCGUCAGUACUGCUGGACGAUACCCCUAACUUUACCGGAGAGAAAACAGCUGCACCAAACUUGAACUCGUUAAGGGGAUUUGAAGUGAUCGAUUCCAUCAAAGCUGAUCUAGAAUACGCUUGUCCACAGACUGUAUCUUGCGCUGAUAUUCUUGCUAUCGCUGCUAGAGACUCCGUUGUCCUGUCAGGAGGCAUGGGGUGGGAAGUGCAAAUGGGGAGAAAGGACAGUAUAACAGCAAGCAAAACGGCAGCAAGUAAUAACAUACCGGGACCAAACUCUAACGUAGCCAACCUUAUUUCGACAUUUCAAAAUCUUGGUCUUUCUCGUCAAGACAUGGUGACUCUCUCCGGUGCACAUACAAUAGGGAAGGCUAGAUGUGCUACAUUUAGCUCGAGGCUAAACAACAACAAUAACGUAGGUAUUAGCAAUUCAGAAAUGAACCUGGAAUUCUUACAGUCACUGCAACAGCUCUGCUCAGCUAACAGUAACGCUACGCUAGCAAAUCUUGACGACAUGACUCCAUCAACCUUCGAUAACCAGUACUACGUUAAUCUUCUCUCCGGGAAAGGCUUGCUUGCUUCUGACCAAGUCCUAGCAACUGGAGAUGACAACACUAGAGAAAUUGUCCAGAAUUAUGUCGACGAUCCAUCUGCAUUUUUCGAGGAGUUUAAAAACUCCAUGCUGAAAAUGGGAAGCUUAGCACCACCAACAGGAACAAAUAGCGAAAUCCGCGUUAACUGUAGGGUUGUUAAUCAAGUUAAUUAUUAGAAGUUAGAUUGAUAAUUAAUGUUGUUUUGCUCUUGAGUUGUAAGAGCAAGCUAUUACUAUCAAUAUAAUCUGGUUUUCAUCCCAAUACGAAUACUAAACACCGAGUGAG